UUCUCGCGAGACUGCGGGCCGCGGCUUUCGCGUCCCGGCUCCGGAAGCCUGAGGAAAGGUUCGGGGUACUGCGGGACGGCCGCCUCCUGUUCCCCGUGCUCUCCCGAGCGUAGGUCCUCAAACCCGAAAUAGGGCUAAUAGGAGGACUAAGUGGGCUUACACCUCAGUCCUCCUCCACGCGGGGCUGAGAACAGCAAUCCGGAGGGUCGAGGGAUGAAGGGAGCCCAGACGAGCUAACUCGGUGUCUUGGCCGGGGGGGAGGACUUGGGCCCUAGUGAUUUCAAGGCAAGGGGAGAACCUAGGACUUGUUCUCCUUCCAAGGAUUGUGCAAAGAAGCUGAACGGAUGCAUUUGGAUGUAGAUAUAUCAUCUGAAGGAAAUUCUUGUUGGUAACCGCGAACAGAGAGAGCAGGAAACAGACUAACUGGAGAAAACCGCUUUACUCUGACUUGACCCCAGCUGGAGCUGAUACUGCAUGGCUCUAGGAUGAUUCGUCUGAGACUCCUCCAGACCUGAGCACUUUGCUGGAGCGAUGCCUAUGGCCCCAUGACCAAGUGGAUAGCACUCUUUGGGUCCGUGACCCAGAACCCUGGCUGACCACAUUGAAGCAGGAUGCUCCAGCACGUGGAUGACCACAGUUCAGGCUCUGAUGGCCAAAGCAGGGUGUCCCUCAGAGAAGACCUGCAGGAGUUCCUGGGCAGGGAGGCCCCACUGCACCAGCUGGAUGACCUGACCAAGGUGAAUCCUGUGACAUUGGAGACAGUCCUUAGGUGCCUGCAAGCCCGGUACAUGGCAGACACGUUCUACACCAAUGCUGGCUGCACCUUGGUAGCUCUGAACCCCUUCAAGCCAGUCCCUCAGCUCUACACACCAGAGCUAAUGAGAGAGUACCAUGCUGCACCUCAGCCCCAGAGACUGAGGCCCCACAUCUUCACUGUGGCUGAACAGACCUACAAGAAUGUCAAGAGCCUGAUUGAGCCAGUCAACCAGUCUAUCGUGGUCAGUGGAGAGAGUGGUGCUGGAAAGACAUGGACUUCCCGUUGCCUGAUGAAGUUCUAUGCUGUGGUGGCCGCUGCACCAGCCUCCUGGGAGAGCCCCAAGAUUGCAGAGAGGAUCGAACAGCGCAUCCUGAACUCCAACCCUGUCAUGGAAGCUUUUGGGAAUGCGUGUACACUGAGGAAUAACAACAGCAGUCGCUUUGGGAAGUUCAUCGAGCUGCAGCUGAACAGGGCCCAGCAGAUGACAGGAGCUGCAGUUCAGACCUACCUCCUGGAGAAAACCCGCGUGGCCCACCAGGCCUCCAGUGAGAGGAACUUCCACAUCUUCUACCAGAUCUGUAAAGGAGCCAGCGAGGAUGAGAGGCUCCAGUGGUGCCUCCCCAAGGGAGCUGCCUUCUCCUGGCUGCCGAACCCUGAGAUGACUUUGGAAGAGGAUUGUUUUGAGGUGACCCGAGAGGCCAUGCUGCAUUUGGGCAUCGACAUCCUCACCCAGAACAACAUCUUUAAGGUCCUUGCUGGGCUGCUGCACCUUGGCAACGUCCACUUUGCCGACUCAGAGGAUGAAGCCCAGCCCUGCCAACUGAUGCACGAUGCCAAGUGCUCUGUCAGGACAUCAGCCUCACUGCUGAGAUUGCAUGAGGACAUGAUGCUGGAGACGGUACGGAUUCGAACCAUCAGGGCAGGCAGGCAGCAGCAGAUGUUCCGGAAGCCCUGCUCCCAAGCAGAGUGUGACACCCGCAGGGACUGUCUGGCCAAAGUGGUCUAUGCGCGACUCUUUGACUGGCUGGUGUCGGUGAUCAACAGCAGCAUCUCUGCAGACUGUGACUCGUGGACUGCUUUCAUAGGGCUUCUGGAUGUGUAUGGGUUUGAGUCAUUUCUUGACAACAGUCUGGAACAGUUGUGCAUCAACUAUGCCAAUGAGAAGCUGCAGCAGCACUUUGUGGCUCACUACCUACGAGCUCAGCAGGAGGAAUACACACUUGAGGGCCUGGAGUGGUCGUUUGUCAAUUACCAGGACAACCAGAGCUGUUUGGAUCUCAUCGAGGGGAAUCCCAUCAGCAUCUGCUCCCUCCUCAAUGAGGAAUGCCGUCUUAACCGGCCAAGCAGCGCGGCCCAGCUCCAGACUCGCAUCGAGAGUGCCCUGGCUGCCAGCCCCUGCCUGGGCCACAACAAGCUUAGCCGGGAGCCCAGCUUCAUUGUGGUGCAUUAUGCAGGGCCUGUGCGGUACCUCACAGCAGGCCUAGUGGAGAAGAACAAGGACCCUGUUCCCCCUGAACUGACUGAGCUCCUACAGCAAUCCCAGGACCCCCUUCUCACAGUGCUGUUUCCUGCUCAACCCAAAGAGAAGACCCAGGAGGAGCCCUCUGGCCAGAGCAGGGCCCCUGCAUUGACUGUGGUGUCCAAGUUCAAGGCCUCCCUGGAACAGCUCCUGCUAGUCCUGCACAGCACUACACCCCACUACAUUCGCUGCAUCAAGCCUAACAGCCAGGGCCAGCCACGGACCUUCCUCCAGGAGGAGGUCUUGAGCCAGCUGGAGGCCUGUGGCCUCGUGGAGACCAUCCACAUCAGUGCUGCUGGCUUUCCUAUCCGGGUCUCUCAUCAGAGCUUCGUGGAGCGAUAUUCUUUACUGAGAAGGCUCCGUCCCCACACACCUUCUGGACUCCACAGCCCAUGUCCUGCCAGAGGGCGUGCCGGACAGCUUCCGUGCCCCGAGGAGGCCACACUGCAAACUGUCCUGCAGGACCUCCUCCAUGCUCUGCCGCCUCUAACUCGGAGGGCAGCCACACCUGCUGACCCACUGCACUGCGGCAAGACCAAGGUGUUCAUGACUGAGUCCAUGCUAGAGCUUCUGGAAAGCAGGCGUGCCCGGGUGCUGGAGCAGUGUGCCCGCUGCAUCCAGUGUGGCUGGAGGCGACACCAGCACCGAAAGCAGGAGAGGCAGAGGCGGGCAGCCAUCCUCCUUCAGGCAGCCAUUCGUUCCUGGUUAACUCGGAAACACAUCCAGAGGCUGCACAUGGCUGCCACCAUCAUCAAGCGCACCUGGCAGAAGUGGAGAUUCAGAAUGGCCUGCCUUGCCUCUGAAGAACUGGAUGGUAUGGAAGAAAAACCCAUGUCUCCAAUUCCCAGUUCCCUGAGCUCCUCCCCGCUGUCCCCAGCGCAGGCCAGGCUCCGAGGGGCAAUAAUCCGUCUCUGGCCCCUGGGACUGGUCCUGGCCAAUGCAGCCAUGGGUAUGCACGGCUUUCAAAGGAAGCUGGUGGUCUUCGCCUGCCUCCAGCUUCCCUUGGGAAAGUCCAGCAACUACAGUGUCCAGACAGCACAAGACCAGACUGGUGUCAUGUCCAUUCGAGCACUGCCUCAGGGCUCCAUAAAGUUUCACUGCAGAAAGUCUCCACUACGCUAUGCCGACAUCUGCCCUGAACCUUCACCCUACAGUGUUACUGGCUUUAAUCAGAUUCUGCUGGAAAGACAUAGGCCAGUCGACGUUUGACCUCACCCCUACUCAACU